AUGUCCUUUCUCAUCAAUAUCGAUGCCGUGAUGCCUGCGGACGUCAAUGACAACGACAUCACGGAAGAUGGGGUCUUCCAGACCUCCACUCAGCCGACUCAAAUGUCCGCAAUGAUAUUCAAAAUCAGACUUUUUCGGCUCUCCAGCAAAAUUUGUCAGGCAAUAGAAAAUCUUUCCCACUUGGAUGAAAUAACCCUAGGAAAUCUAGAUGCAGAGGUCGGCGCGGAGCAGCACCAGUGGGACUCGGUCUUUCUUGUUGAUGGCUCUCCCAGCUUGCUCGACACAUCGAGCUACGCACAUUGGUGCGUAUUGCAACUCUAUGCUCAUCAGCUCUACCUCCUCUUACACCGCCCAUUCUCUCAUCCGCAGCCGACGAAUGGACGUUCGUACCUGGCGGCGUCCAGAGAAAAAUGCAUAGCGUCUGGGGCCGCCCUACUGGACAUUCAUCGCCAGCUUGUGGAGCUCCCUCGCCUGCGUCAUUACAGGUGGUACGCUCAUGGGAUGUCUGGGUUUUGCGCUUUUCAUGGCGCUGUUGCAUUGGCGUCAUGCCUUUUGGCCGGCACCAGCGAGGAGUUCGAGUCGCGCUCCUAUCGGGCCAUGUUUGACGGUGCUGUUCUGCGCAUCGGUCUUCUACAAAACAAAAGCCCCAUUUGUGUCAAGGCAUAUCCAAUCCUUGGCCACCUGCAGAGCCUCCUUUCGCCAAGCCAGUUUCAGUGGUCCGACUCGGCGGGCCAUGAGUUCGGAUAUUCAUUCGACAACUGGAUUGACACAAUACAGUGGCUCAACCCGGAUUCUGUUAACUGGGAUGUUUGGGAUUCGGUGCUGCAUGGUUGA